GAGGUAAAUAUAAAGCAGCCCCGCCGUGUCCAAACGCGCAGUGCAUUUUGGAUGCUGAGGCCAGUCAGCGGCUGUCUGGCAAUUCUUGGCAAAUUGAGAUAAAUGGAGCCCGUCAAUAAAAGAAAGGGAGGGAACACUGACUGGCUGUCUAACUCAGCCUGUAAAGCCCGACGCCUUCACAAAUGAUGGGAUGAUAUGAAGAGGAUAAACUGAAGAAACAUAAACUCUGGCAAUAAAAAGAGUGAAGAAAAUGCAAAAGGUGGAAACGACGAAAAUAACCAAGAGGAAUGCGCCGAAUUUUCUCCCUUUUUUUUUUCUUUUUUACAUUUACUUGAGAUCAAAUUAUUGAAAGUAGAAGACAAGAACAAAUCGAGGAUCUAACGCUAUGGUUGAACAGCUGACAGAUGAACAGAAAAAUGAGUUCAAGGCCGCCUUCGACAUCUUUGUGCAAGACGCAGAGGACGGCUGCAUCAGCACCAAGGAGCUGGGGAAGGUUAUGAGGAUGCUCGGUCAGAACCCCACGCCAGAGGAGCUGCAGGAGAUGAUAGAUGAGGUGGAUGAAGAUGGGAGCGGCACAGUGGACUUUGAUGAGUUCUUGGUUAUGAUGGUAAGAUGCAUGAAGGACGACAGCAAAGGGAAGACAGAAGAAGAGCUCGCAGAGCUCUUUAGGAUGUUUGACAAAAAUGCAGAUGGUUACAUCGACCUGGAUGAGCUGAAAAUGAUGCUGGAAUCCACAGGAGAAGCGAUCACUGAGGAUGAUAUCGAAGAGUUGAUGAAAGAUGGGGACAGGAACAAUGAUGGCAAAAUUGACUACGAUGAAUUCUUGGAGUUCAUGAAAGGAGUGGAGUAAUUCUGAACAGGAGAUGAUCCAGAGUUAUUUUUGAGUGUCACUGUGACUCCCAAGUCAUCUGUGGAAAACUGGAUGCUGAUGGAAAACAACAGGACAACAUUGCAAAUACUGUAUCUGAAUAUUUGUUUUUGUAUUUUCUAUCAUAUCUUGCUUUGUUGAAGACACAAUUUGUGACUUUCAAUACUUUAAAUCUGUGUAAAUGUGUCUAAGUGACUUACAUUUUUUGUUGAGACCAAAUAUUUCCCCUUUAGCUGGUUUAUGUUAGGUUUUUGUAUUGUCUUCCAGGUAACUCCAAACGUUCAAAGGCCACAGCCCAAUUACUAAUGGGAUGUGGAAGAUGUAAAUAAACUCAAAGUAAAGUCUUGUUUGACUAAUCACUUUGUCCAGGAAAUACACUGGAUCCAGUCAGUGUACACGCUAUGAUGUACGGUACACAUUGUAUGCAUUUCUGUGUAUCUGACGUCCCAUCAGGCUGUUUUAUUCUGUUCUCAUGUUUCAGGUUUGACAGCAUGCUUCUACAUAUAAGGUCUACUUGGAAUGUGGGCUCAUGUCAUAAAUAAAAUCGGAGCAAGAACAAGA